AUGGUAUUAUUGAUUAAUGAACAUAUAUAUUCAAAAAAAUGUUCACUUGAAGAUUUAGCACAACAUAAUGAUUUAAUGAAAGUUUCACAUGAAUUAGCUUCAUCAGAAGAGUAUAAACAACCGAUAGAAGAAAUAUCAAAAACUAUUUAUGUUUAUCAACGUGAAUUUGCUGUUAUAGCAAAAAAUGAUCGAAAUGGUUUGCAUUUAAUUGGAAGUGAUAAUGCAACAACAUGUCAUAUACUUGUGCUGGAUAAUCAAGUUGCUAUUGCAUUAGCACAUUUAGAUGGAGGUGAAACACGUGAAAGUAUUAAAAAUAUGUUAGAAGAAUUAACUAAAUAUGCACCACAAAAUACAGACUAUGAUGCUUAUAUUGUUGGUAAGUAA